AUGCCGUAUAUAGGACCUAUUAUCUUUGCUAAUAUCUUCGGCUUUACUGAAAAGAAUACGCAGGAGAAACAGCAAAAAGCAGAUGGAAGAGUCUGCGUGACCAAUAGACACGUGCUCAGGCGAGUGACAAGCCAAACAGAUUCCGUUAUUACAUUAGAAAUUCCUGAAGGGGCAGCGAAAAGAAACUGUCGUCCUGAACAUCUCUUAAGUGAUACUUCUCCUCCUGAAGACGUUCCAGAAGCUUGUUCGCAAUUUCCAACACGCCGGCCUCAAGCAACACUCCGAAACGUGCUGGGACUGAAAGAGGGAAAAAAACUAGCAGGAAUGCCGCAAAAAUUAAGAAAGAGGAGCUGCAAAUGUUCAUUUUAGAAAAAAUAAGGUCACAUAAAGUGGAAAACCCCGAACCAACUGAUUUAUUUCUUUUGAGCCUAUCGGAUACUUUUAAGCGGUUAAACCAUAGACGUAAACUACGAGUACAUCGGAAAUUUAUCGAAAUAUUGGACGAAGAGUACAUUCAACAGGAGUACGAUAGAGCGCAGCGUGAUUCUAAUUAAUAUCAUUCAGUAUUGUUUGUUUACGUCUUAUUUGUUUACGUGGAAAGUAAGUUAUUUAACUAAAUGAGGUGCACCGAAAAAAUGUGGUUGGAAAAAUAACUAUCUGGUGCGAGUUGUAUAAGUUGUUAUUGUAAAAGUAACGUAGUCUACUUUUGAAACAACUAUCUCAUCUUAUUGAACU